AUGGACGAAUUAAGGCCGAACCUCGGCUUGCUUGGUGUCGGCCUCGUCGAAAACGAGACUUUCCACUUGAACCAAGAGAAGAGAAAGUGCAGCAGCACGAGUUCGAACGAGCAAGAUUUCAGUCUUUACGGGGUACACCAAGGCCUCGAGGCUAGCCCGCCGACACCGGCCGCGACGCCGGGAAGGAGCAGUGUUGGGGCUACUUCCACCGUUGGCGCGGAAGGAGCGUUUAAGAAAUUAAAACCUGACCCCUGUGCUUCGAGUCCUCACAUAGGUCAUACGCCAACCACCGCCAGUUGUCCAACACCUGCUCGACGACGGCACAGGACUACAUUUACGCAGGAGCAGCUGGCAGAAUUGGAAUCGGCAUUCGCAAAAUCUCAUUAUCCAGACAUAUACUGCAGGGAGGAAUUGGCAAGGUCCACCAAAUUGAACGAAGCUAGAAUUCAGGUCUGGUUUCAAAAUAGAAGAGCAAAAUAUCGGAAGCAAGAAAAACAACUUCAGAAGGCUUUGACUCCAAUUCCUGCUUGUCAAGGUGCUAUGAUGAGGAAUAUAUAUCCUGGUGCUAGCAGAGGUUAUCAACCGUAUCCUCAUCCUCAUAAUAGCAUAAAUGGAAUAAAUCGUUAUCCUCAGAUGGGCACGACGUCCUAUCCAAGUAUGACCCAGCCAUUUUCUAUGUCACAUUCAGCGUCAAAUAUGUCUGCAGUUACUGGUAUGAGACAAGAUGCAAUGGGAAUGUCAGCUGAAGAUGAAUGGUACAACAAAAGUAUUUCCGCUCUGAGAAUGAAUACGGCACAUCAUCCUAACCUCGCUGCGCCAAUGCUACAAUAUCAAACAUAAUUGUAAACAUAUACGAAUGGAUAAUUCGACGAAAUCGUUAUGAAAUAUUAUAUUUGACUGCGUAUCUUCAUUCAGACAAUUAAAAACGUGUUGUCAAGAGAAGAAGAGGAAAAAGUUGUUUCAAAAAUACUAUGAAGCAUUAAAUUAAGAAAAAAAAAGUGAAACGAAAUCAAAUUAAAUCAUGUGACAUUUUACACAAAAAAAAAAAAAAAAAGAACGAAAAAUUCGAAUUUCCAAUAGACACGAAAAUAAAUAAUCGUGUUUCCAUUUUAAUGUCUUACCAGGAUUAUUCAUUUAUUAAUAAUAUUAUUGAUAGAAAAAUCAGUCCUGACUAUUGCGUUCAAAUUAACGAGAGAUAUCACCUAACAUUUCAUCAUAAUGUUAACGAUAUUUUGGUAAAGUAACUUUGUUAAUAUCAUUUGAUAUUAUUAAUAAAAAAUAUAUAUAUAUAUAUAUAUUAUUCAU